AUGCAGGACCGACCUGGUCCAGCUGGUCAGCCAGGAGGACCAGGAAACCCUGGAAGAGAUGGUCAGCCCGGAAGAACUGGAAACCCUGCACGUCCAGGAGGCGAUGCUGCUUACUGCCCAUGCCCACCUCGCUACGCCAAAGCUGCUGCUCGUCGUGCUCUAUUUGCCUGUUGUACAUUAUCACAACGCCUUCAAAUAAACGAGAUCAGUCGUGAUGAAACGUGA